AUGGCGUUCAACUUGCCUAAUGUGCCGCUGUUAAAAGUCUUCUCCUACCUGGAUGUCUAUAGCUUGCUGCAGGCUGCCCAAGUGAGCAAGGUAAAGACGCUGCCCCUUUCGCCGCUGUCUAAUCGACCAGCUUCCUGCCUGGACUCCUCCACUUUGGACGUGUGUCUAAAGAGAUGGUACUGCUCUGACGUCACCCUAGAGUUCCUGGGCGCACAGACGUGGAAGCAGUUCUGCCUUUCCCGAACCAGGCAAGAGCACGCCAAGUCCCGAGCAAAGCCAGAAGACUUCAUCUAUAGAGAGAUUCCUGGAGACUUUGGAUUUAAGGGGCAUGCGAGUUACCUCUCAGGGAGCGGCUUAACAAAAACAGGAAAAGGAAAGUCGGUUGUCUGUGUGGUGACCUCCACGACCAGGCUUACCACCUGGGAUCUUAAAGAGGGUGUUAUGCUCUGGAUAAGCCCAGUGCAGCCCACCUGCAUCUCACAGAUGACCACCCUCCCUGAGAUGCACCUUGCGAUCACUGUGGACGUGGAAGCAACCAUCAAACUCUGGAACUGUUGUGACAGGGAUGCACAGGCCACCAACUACAUGUCCGAUUGCUGUCAGAUACUGAAUGCGGUCAUUACAAAUGAUGGCCCUAUUGUCUUGGCGGCUGAUAAUACGGGUCUACUCUACACAUUUAGGAUUCCUGACUUGCACCUUAUUUCCAAAAUCCGUGUGUUCCAAUUCCCUAUUACUGAACUCCGCUGCUCUCCUCAGAAGAAAUGGGUUUUUCUGAAUAAGAAACAUCCACAUGUUUUGCCAAAGGUGUUUCUCAUAAAGAGCUUAAUGAAGCCAUCAAGAUACCCCGACCCUGUGGGUGUCAUUCUCUCAUUUAUGUUAUGCCAAAGUGCCUUCUGGACCCCGAGAAGGGAAGACAGACUGAUCCUGAUGAGCCGGAGAGGCCCUUCCCGGAAUGCAAAAUUUGUCACGUUUGAUAUGGAACUGGGAAAGAUGGAGAACAAAGUAAUUGUUAAAGCAACUGAGGUGGCAAGCUUUGAGUUGCGAGGUCACGUGAGCCCGCUGGAAUGCAUGGGAGUCGCUGAUAAUAACAUGAUUGUGUUUUCAAGUGGGUCAUGUCUCUUCGUCUUCAACAUGGAUGGCUUGCAGAUGCAGUCAUUCCAGAGCCAAACGCAAGAGAUCCUGGAAUUACGAGUGGAUCCCAUCCAUGUCAUCGUCACAUUUGUUGAUGGCUCUUUGGAGGUCUUUGCGUGGGAGGAGAGACGUCCCUUCCUCAAGAGUUGUUAUAGUCUGCGACACAGGAAACUUAUGGGACAACAAAAGUAAGCUCUGUUUUGUGACUUAAACUUUACCUUCAUUUAGAAAAAUGUCUGCAUAGCGUGCAUUUUUAAAAGAAAAAUGAACUUUCUUGAAAAAGAUGAUUACAUUUGUGAUCUUCAGCAUCACAUAAAACAGGCAUUGUAGCCAGGUGUGGUGGCACAUGCCUUUAAUCCCAGCACUCUGGAGGCAGAGGCAGGUGGAUCUCUGUGAGUUCGAGGCCA